UUAACGAGCCUAUCGACAGUUUGCCAUCUCUAGUGAAAAGUGCAAAUAAAAUAAUCCGAAAAAUUCUCCUUUCUAGCAAAUAGCCCAGAAUCCACUCACAAAAAGUCACAGCAUUUAUUACACCUAAGUAGCAGUAGCGGGGAUCAAAGGUUAAGGUGGUCCGAAAACCCAAACAAUCCGAUUCGGGCGCCCAUCAAACAGAAUUUCCCCUCCUUCCUGCAGACUCACCAAUACACAUUCAUGGGCGGCAUUUCCUUUUGCAUUUUCUUUAGGAUUACACCAUAGUUUUUAGCUCUAGGUUUAGUCUGUUUACUUGGUAUAUGAACACAAAUAUUACUUUCUGUAUUUUGCCUCAUUACAUUGUACUGUGUCGAAUCCAAAAACCGAACAAAACAAACCCCUUUUCCAAAUGACCAACAUCCAGACCAUAGAAAAUGUGGCCGACUGCACGCCUCUUUACCUGCCGCACAGCUUGUACCUCAAGCCGCUGGCCAAAAUGCAAAUCUCCGUUUCGCUGCCGUCGAUCAAGUCCGGCAAAUCCGUGUCCAACCUGGAGAUAAUGGACAAACUGGGCGCCGAGCUCAAACCGGACAAGUUUCUGCUGCUCAAAGUCUCCAAGAGCACAGUAAACACCAUCCGUUUGGAAGCUGAGCUGGAUGAGCGUAAACGCCUCCGGCCGGCCAUCCAACGCCUGGACGGCAUUUCCCUGCGCAUCUCUGGCUUCAGCGAGUCGUUUCGAGUGCGUUGCACAGAGCACAAGGAUGAGUUCCCCACGCGACACGACUGGGACUCCUACUUCCGGGAUGCCCGCAACAUGGACGAAAUGAAGGCGGGCGAACGGCCGGACACCAUUCACCUGAGUCACCUGCCCAUGCGCUGGUUUUGUCCGCGGCACUCGGAGCACGAGGAGCACGUCAAGCCCAGCGAGAGCAUCUUUAAGCGAAUCUUCGAGAAGUACGGUCGUGUCCGGAUGGUGGACAUACCAAUCUGUGAUCCGUACCGAAAGAGCAUGCAGGCGGACAUCAACGGCAUGCGAACGUUCAGCUUUGAGCAGGAUGUUCUCUUCGAAGCAUAUGUUCAAUUCGAGGAGUACUCCAGCUUUGUGCGCGCCAUGGAUGAGUUCAGGGGCACUAAGCUGGUCCGAAAGUUUGUGGACAAAACCCAGGCCAUCAACAUUUGUGUCAACUUUGACAAGCAGAAGCAUCUCAGCGACUCGCACGUUCAGCGCCGAGAACGCAUGCGGAAGAAGUGCAUCGCAAAAGCACAAGCCGAGGACGAGGAGCGGGAAAAGCUAAAAAAGCAGCAGGAAGAACAACUGGAACGCGAAAGGCAAAAGCAAGAAGAGUUGAAAAUAGCAGAAGCAGAAAAGCAGCGUGAACGCGAAGAAAAGCGGAAAGAAAAGCAUCUUAAAAAGAUCCAGGAGCGCGGCCAGGUGGAGAUCUCGCAAAAGAUACGCAUCGAGGAGCGCAAGCUGAUGAUAGCACAACGCAAGCUGGAGAGUAUACGCACCCUGGAAAAGUUAUUCGAGCGGAUACAGCUGAAGCAAAAGGACAAAAACCGUCGAGCCAAGCAAGAUGAAGUUAAGGACAUCCAGCGUGGCCGUCUGGUCGAAAAGUACAAGGCUGCUACAGAGAAGCUCGUCUGUGAUCAGCGUAAAAUCGUGCAGGACAUUAAAAGCAACACUCCACUGUUGGGUCUUCUAAAAAGCAAAUCCAAAAAGAGUGCAGCGCCAAUGGACGCAAGCAGCGAUGACGAAGUGGCGGCUAGUAAGAGGCACAAACUAGGCAAUGGCAUAGCUAACUCUGCAGCGGUAGCCGAUGCUAACUCCGCACUUAACCCGUUGAAAGCGGUAGCCGCAAUGGCCGCUGGCGCUGUCCCAGGAGCGGCUCCUUACAGUGCCGAGGCCGCCAGCGAAUGGAUGCAGUCCCUCUCUAUGUUUGGAUACGGCUUGCCGGGUGUAUUUCCGGGAGCGCUUUAUCGUCCACCAGCUCCAUUUCCAGUAUCCAGCAACUAUCGUGGGUUCGCUCCACGUCCACGCGGUCGCGGAAGAGGUCGUGGCAUCGGGAUAAGGGGUGGUCGUUCCGGAUAUGACUCGUAUUACAAUUCCAAGCACGAUCGCUACGACGACGAGGGCGACAACGGCUACUACCACAAAUCAUCGCGGGGCAGAAAUCGCUCUCGUUCUUCAUCUUCGUACUCCAGGAGUCGGAGUCGUUCCCGGGGACGGCGUGUUGUUUGUCGUUCCAGACGCUCAAAGUCGCGAAGCCGCUCCCAUUAUCGAAAGUCAUCGUACUCAUCAAGAUCCAGGCGCAGCCAUAGCCGAUCUUCUCGCAGCCGCAGUAAGACGCCAUCACAGCGCAAGAACCGCAAACUGGCAUCCACGCGACGAUCCCGAUCCACCAGCUAUUCCCGAUCGCGUUCCCGCUCCCACUCCCGCAGGCAUUCGAAUUCGCGUCGUGAUCACCGAAGUCGUCAUCGCAGCAGUCGUACUAACAGCAGAAGCCGCAGCCACACACCGAAAGAGGUGAAACUGGAGGCGGAAAAGUUGGUGGCUUCAGCCGAGAAAAUUCAGCGCACCGUCGAACAGCAUACGAAGGACCGGAUGCGCGAGGAGGAGCGCGAAAUCAAGGAAAACUUCAGACAUGUCCGUACCAACAGCCACAACAGCAACCACGUGGACACACAAUCACAGGAGGAAUCCAACGAUAGACGAGACAGCAUCAGCAAACGCAGCAGUCGCCGCAAUUCACUGGCUGCCUGAAACAUAAUCAUUAGUUUAGUUGUUAGUAAGAGUUCCGUAAAUAAAGAUAUCGAAGUUGUUCCCCCUGAAUUA